UUCAGGCAAGAUGGCGCCAAAGAAACAAGGAACUAAGGGACAAAAGCAAAUUCUGGAAGAAAACAACAAAACUCUGGAUUUUUAUGCCAAGGUUAUGAUAAGUAUUGAGGUAACAUAUAUAAUAUUCCGAUUCACAUUUUUUGGCUUCAACUCAAGUUGGUUUUCAUGGGUCCUCCUGGUGCUUGCCACAGCACUUUAUAGUGGAUGUUACAAGUUUAUGGCUUCAAUGGCAAAACCUACAUAUUCCUCAUCUGGAAAUCUUAUAGACGGAGGAAUGGAUCUUAAUCAGGAGUCAGGAACUGCAGAACAUGUUAAGGACCUCAUAAUAUUAACAGUGAUAGUUCAGGGACUUGGAAUAUUUACAGACUACAUGUGGCUGUUUUGGCUCCUGGUGCCCUGUAGAGCUGUCUACUUGUUAUGGGUUUAUAUUCUAGGACCUUGGUUCUUUGCUCAACCCGAGGAAACAGAAGUGGAUCCAAAGAAACAGAAGAAAAUGGAAAGGAAAAUGAAAAGAGCAGGAAUGAUGUAGCAUAUGAGCGCCUGUACAGUUUGAACAAUCAACUUAAGUACUUCUGAUUGACGUGAGAAGGGAACAAGCAACCCUGGAAACCAGAAAGACAACGCGUGAUAGGAGCACAAGAGGGGUGGGGUGGAGAUAAGAACCACCACCUGUCCUCACUCCUAGUGCUUCAGUUUGCCACUAAUGUACUUUUCUGUUUCAGUUCUUCAUUAAAAAUGAAGUAAACCAAA